AUGCCUAAGGCGUACAACACCGAAAUAAUCAGCGCUGAUAACACGGUGAAAGCGUGCAUAACCAAUGCACAGGUGAGUUUCAAGAAGACGAGGGAGACGUGCAACACUCUCAGGGGGAGGAGUCUCGAGGACGCAAUGGUCUACUUGGCAAACGUAUUGGACCACGCUGAGUGUGUACCGAUGCUCCGAUACAACGGAGGAUGCGGAAACACGAAGCAGGCGCAGAAGUUCAUGAAUGGAGUUCAUCCUGCAACAAAGGGAAGGUGGCCAGCAAAGAGCUGCAACUACGUGCUCAAAGUGCUGAGGAAUCUGAAGAACAACGCCAUGGUGAAGGGAAUUGACCCAAGUCAGCUUGUGAUUCAAAUGGUAUCGAUAAACAAGGCACCAAAAAUAUAUGGACGAUGCUUCAGGGCGCAUGGACGAGUCAACUCGUUCAACAAGUCACCGUGCCACAUUCAGUGCGUGGCUGUGAAGGCAGAAGGAGACAUUGAUGACCAGGAGAUCGUAGAAAUAGUAGAAUAA